AUGAAUCGCAUCGCGCUCGUCACCAGACAUCUCCGCCGGCCGCUUCAACCAUAUCAGGUCAUUCUAUCUGCAACACGUCCAUUCUCGACCUUCCCUGGAUCCAAUAUGCCGACAUAUACCGGAUCCUGUUACUGCCGCGCGAUUGAGUAUGAACUUGAGCUGGCCUCACCAGAUGAGGCGCGCACCUCUUUGUGUCAUUGUCGGAACUGCAAGGUGAGAAUGUCCUUGGCCUGCUCACCUGUUCCUCUAAGACAACUCAAAAAGAGGUGGGAAUGGAGGGCUGACCCAUUAUUUCUGCAGAAAGCUUUUGGGACCAAUUAUGGUUUGACGGCCAAAGUGCCCAAAGAUGCGCUGCGAUAUACCAAAGGUAAAAUAAAGGAGCACGUGGCGGAUAAUGGGAGUGGUGCACUGCUGCAUCGAGAGUUUUGCGACAACUGCGGAAGUUUUAUCCUGGAAUAUGGUGAUGCGGUGAAGGACAAGUUCCGCUAUAUUUGUGUCGGCUCGCUGGACACUCCAGAGGCACUACCGCCCAAAGGCGAAUUCUUCUGCAAGUCUCGGGUUAGCUGGAUGCCUGAGAUUCCCAAUGUUUUCCACAAGCGGGAGAUCAAGGAGUAA